GUAAAGAAGCUGAGAUUGUAUAAAUGCAGUUUGUCAGAGAUCAGCCGUGAUCAUCUGGUAUCGGCGCUGAAGUCCAACCCAUCCCAUCUGACAAAACUGGACCUGAGUGGAAACGACCUGAAAGAUUGUGGAGUGAAGGAGCUCUGUGGUUUCCUCCAGACUCCCCUCUGCAAACUACAGACACUGAGAUUGAUAGGCUGCAGUUUGUCAGAGAUCAGCUGUGAUCAUCUGGUAUCGGCGCUGAAGUCCAACCCGUCCCAUCUGACAGAACUGGACCUGAGCUACAACAACCUGGAGUGGUCAGAUGUUCAGCAGCUUGAGGAUCUUGUAAAGAGUCCAGACUACAAACUGAAACGUCUGAGGUGGGAGUCCUGAUGAUCUUAGUGGAGGAGAGAAGCUGAGCUGUUCUGAUGAUCCAGAGGUUGAAGCUGCAGCAGUUAAAGAGACUCUGACUGGAUCCUGAUGAUGAACUCUGACCUUAGAGAUGUUGAUCCUGUUUAUCGGAUCAUGUCUGUCAUUUAUUGUCUGAUAUAGGGUAGUUCACGCGUGACGUCAGCGCUACAU